AUGGUUGUGAUGGUCACGACGUUCUGUCGGAGGUCUUGGGGCCGCGAGAGAGUCGGUAGCAAUCUCCUCCCUGCUGUCAAGACCAAGGCAGCUUUCCAGCGCAAAACGCAGGAGCUUGGUACGCUUGCCAGCUACCUUUGUGUCUUCUUUCCCCUUAGGAUUAUGGCUCAAGACUGCUGCCGAACGCGAGUAGUCGGCGGUCGCAGCCCAAUGAAGUGGCCGCAAUGGGCAGUCGCACUGCUGCUGCCCUGCAGACCUGUCUCAGCUGCACUUAAAAGCAGGACUCCUGCGCCGCCUGGUUUGGACAGUGCGUUGGCUUGGAAGGAGUUCACGGAUCCGUCUGGACAGCACUUUCAGCUGAAUGUGCUGACGGGCGAAGCACAAUGGGACUUGAACCGAGCACACAAAGAGACGGAGCCAGACAGCGAAAUCGGAGCUGCUGAAAAAUCGGUUGCAGCUGCACGAGCGAAGCCCGCAGAAAGUGCAUCUUCAAAGCCAGUGACUCAACAAGCACAGAUGCCAGACCCAGCUGCGAUGCAUGGUUGGUUGGAUAGCUGGCUGGGAUGGGGGGAGACCGUGGCGGAUCCGGCAUCACAAGAGGUACGUGCUGAUGUGGCAAAGGAUCUUGGGCUUCCGGCACCGCCUUCUGAGGCUCAUGGGCUUCGGAGGCACACUGUCGAGGCAGUCCGCACGAAGCCCACAGCGGAAUCACCCAGGGCAGGUCAGGUUCACGCAGCCGGUGCAUACGCCAACAGUGGCACAGCAGGGGGCGUGCGUCAGAGGCGUGAACCUCAAAGAGAGACCCGAAUCGCCAUGGCCGAUGAACCACCCACAGUCGUGACUGAUGCAGCUGCUGAGGAGAUGUUGGCAAACAUUGGCAGAAUCCAGCCAGACCUGGAGCAGGAAGCGAUCCGGGACAGCGAGGACGAGCUGAUGCUUGAGGAGGUGGCUCGAGUGCUUCACGACCUGGAAGCCUCACAGGAGAAGCUGCUGAACCGCCGAUGA